CAAGGGAUGAGGUAAUGCAUGAACCAUCAGCCUGCAAUCCAGCAGCAGCAUCAGCACCAGUAGGGAACAUCAGCUGUGCAGACUGCUACACACAGGCAGCAGCUGACAGCCACGAGACCGGGACGGGAUUCGGCUUUCUCUGUAUAUUUGGAUGGAGGAUCUGCUUUUACCAUGACUGAACGGUGCAGUUUGUGGAGUGCCCUAUCAGCAGCCGCAUGCUGCUUCUACCGGGGCUCUUUCAUGCAGGUGCAGUUCUCCAAGGAAAAGUACAUCUUGGAUACCCCACCUGAGAAGCUGCACAAGGAGUUGGAAGAGGAAUUAAAACUUAACAGCUCGGACCUGCGCAGCCAUGCCUGGUAUCAUGGACGCAUACCUCGAGAGGUGUCAGAAAGUUUGGUCCAGAGAAAUGGGGACUUCCUCAUCAGAGACUCACUCACCAGCCUGGGUGACUACGUCCUGACCUGCCACUGGAAGAACGAUCCUCUACAUUUCAAGAUCAACAAAGUGAUGGUGAAGACCAGCGACAGCUACACGCGGAUACAAUACUUGUUUGAACAGGAAAGCUUUGACAAUAUACCUGCACUGGUGCACUCCUAUGUGGGCAGCCGAAAGACUGUGUCGGAUCAGAGCGGGGCACUCAUCUACUGCCCGAUCAACCGCACAUUCCCACUGCGAUACCUGGAGGCCAGUUAUGGGCUGUCACCCAGCAGGCAGGGUUCACAGAGCCCACAGAAAGGACAUAUGAAGAGAAGAAGCAUUACUAUGACCGAUGGGCUCACUGCAGACAAGAUUAUUAAGGCCAAUGGGUGCCCAAACAGCACCUCUUCCCCACAUCACAGAGAUAUCAUCAGGAGCUGUGCAGUCAGUGUGGACCAAAUUCAGGAUUUGCACGCCCCAAUGUCCCCUAUUUCUGAAAGCCCGGGUUCCCCGGCCUACAGUACAGUUAUCCGGGUGAAGCCCCAGGGAGUUCCAAUGGCAAACAGCGUGAACCCCGGCUCACCUGUGCUGAGACGGUCCAGCGAGCCCUACGUCUGCUCAGCAAGCAACAAGGCCGCUUUAAACAUGGCUGAAAACACCCAUUCCUCACCAAGUCACGGGUAUUCACAAAUCUCUCCUUCCCCCUCCAUAAACAGUUAUAGUGACCCGGACAAUGCACAUUACUGCCAGCUUCGUCCAGCUUCCCCAACACACGACACUCCCAGCAAACCCCUUCCACCCAAGAGCUAUGUAGAGAGAUUAAAAGUGGACGAGGGUGCCCGGGCAGGGGCUAAACGCGUGGGGGAGGACUCCGAUAAGGACAAACUGUGCUUUACUAUCCCUACUGUGGAAGCCAAAUCUUCUUUCAACCCAGCAAGCUUUAAGUCUACACUGAUCCCCCCAGACAACAAGCCCCUGGAGAUGUGUAUACUUAAAAAGGUCAAGGAGCUCUUCUCUGAAGUUGAUGCCAAAACUAUUGCCAAACAUAUCACCAAAGCAGACUGCGAGGUUGCCAGGAUACUCGGUGUUACCAAGGAGAUGCAGAGGAUCAUGGGAGUCAGCUCAGGCAUGGAGCUUCUAACGCUACCGCAUGGCCGCCAGCUGCGACUUGACCUUCUGGAAAGAUUUCACACCAUGUCCAUCAUGAUAGCUGUGGACAUCCUGGGCUGCACGGGCAGUACGGAGGAAAGAGCCGCUCUGCUGCACAAGACCAUACAACUGGCCGCUGAACUGAAAGGCACUCUGGGAAAUAUGUACAGCUUUGCAGCUAUAAUGAAUGCUUUGGAAAUGUCACAGAUCUCAAGACUGGAACAGACGUGGGUUACCCUGAGACAGAGGCACACAGAAGGGGCCAUCUUGUAUGAGAAGAAGCUCAAACCGUUUCUAAAGAGCAUGAAUGAGGGCAAAGAGAGCCUCCCAUUGAGCAAUACAACCUUCCCGCACAUUGUCCCUCUCAUCACUCUUCUGGAGCGAGAUGGCCCUCUGCUGGAUGGAGGAGAGCCCUGGGAUAGCAUUGACAAUGGUGUCGAAGUGGUGAUGGCUCACCUGGAAGCAGCCAGGAUGGUGGCACAUCAUGGAGGCCUGUACCGGACCAAUGCUGAGAUGAGGCUGCAGGGUUUCCACCCCAGAUCGGAUCUCGCAGAGGUCUCCAGUACCGAGUUCCAAAUGCGAAUGCUGUGGGGCAGCCGAGGAGCAGCAGGGAGCCAAACCGAGAGAUACGACAAAUUUGACAAAGUCCUCAGCGCGCUGUCACACAAGCUGGAGCCCUCAGUGCGCUUCAGCGAAUUAUAACACUGCACCUGGAGGUAGAGACUGAAUCGUUGUGAGGGAAGGAUGUGAAAGGGACAAAACAUGCCCAAUGCAAUGCAUCUCAGAGACUUGUUUGAGGAAACAAAUAGCACUUUUCAGUGGCUUCUGUUAUGGAGGCCAAUAUUUUGCCGCAGUGCAUGCUGGAUCUUUAGAAAAUUUCCCCCCAAAAAAUGGCUGCACUGUAUGUAUUCAUUUAGGAAAAAUUAUACUUGGCUUAGACCUGACAAAUAUUCUACUUUUGUAUCAUAAAUCUGGAUGUUUGGCCGCUUCGGGAGCUCUGGUGUAAAAUGGAGGUUGGACCUGGACAAGUGCAGUGUCUCAUUUUACGUAGCGCCAUAAUGGCAUUGAGUAAAUGGCUACUGACUGCAGGGCUUG